AUGUCGACGGAUCCGCGGCUGGUUGACCUGCGCGACUUGAGCGACGCGCUCGAAGAGAGCCACGGAAAUGCACCGGGACCCGAUGCGAUUCCGGCGGUCCCCAAUGCAGAGAAAAAGGAGCAGUACGCAUCGCAGGUCGAGCAGCUACAGAGCAUGUUUCCCGAUACGGACAAGCAUGUCUUGGCAGACAUCCUCGCCAAGCAUCGCGGCAAUGUCGAGUCCGCAAUGCCGGCGGUGCUCCAGGUGAGCGACCCCGAGUACAAGCCCAGUGCCGAUGAGCAGGCGGUCCAGAACGACGCGCGCUUUGCGCAGCAGCUCGCCAUGGAGGGCCAGGGCCCGUUUCCGGUCGCGCAUGCCUGGCCUGCACGGCAGCAGACUUGGGACCCGUCGCAGCUGCGCUAUAGUCCCCGUGUUGUGCGGCCGCGCGGCGAGCGCCAGCCUGCAGGGCAGGCGCCGCAACAGCCGGCUCCGCACUGGACAGGGCAGUACCGGCCCCGCGAUCCUGCCUAUGUUCCCCCGCAUGGACAUGGCACAAACGGCGCACCUGUUUAUGGCGAUAGUUUCCAAGACGAGCUCAUUGCCGACGGGAAAAAGCUCCAGGCGGACUUGACGCGUUUUACCGAAAAUGGCAUUGCCAAGAUGAGCUCGACCUUUAUGAACCUGCGCCAAAAGGCCGAGCAGGCGAUGCGCAACCUGCCGCAAGAUAGCCCGUUCCGCUUGCGGCGCGAGAAUAUGAUGCACGACGGCGCCCGCCACGACUGGGAAGCGAAUCACCACACACUCGGCCACCGGUACGACCAGGACCCGGAGCCGGUGCGCGACGGCGAGCUGGACCGCCUUGCGAGCGAGCCGCCGGCGGUGCCGAGCAAGGACGUACCGCGCCCAAGCAAGCCUGCGCAAAAAGGGCCGCUUUGGGGGCAGCGGUACGCUAAGCAGGCGCCGGCCACGGGCAUAAGCCACAACUCGGCGAAUGCCAAGCUGUCGACCUGGGCAGACGUCGGCCGCGAGGACGACGAUCCGAGCGGCGGCGUGUCCAAGGCGGACAAGGCCAAGGCCGAUGCCGAGAAGCAGAUCAAGGAGCAGGCCGAGGGGGUGAACAGUAAGCGUGACACUGCGGAGGACACGGAAAAGGACACGAGUGUACAGGACUCGAAAGCAAAGGAGGCCACACCACCAGAACAAACCAAGGAUAGCAAGACUACGGAAGAUCAUGCCGAGGGCAAGGCGAGCGGGGCCAAGGAGGAAGGCACCGAGGCCAAGGCGGCCAAGGAGGCCAGCGACAAGAAGGCCAAGGUGCCGGAGACCAAGGCGGCUGACGGCAAGAAAGCCAAGGGCGGCAUUUCCAAGGCGGCCAAGACCGGCAAUGGCAAGGAAAACGAAGCGAAGUCCACGUUUAAAGAGGACGCCAAGACGGACGACAAGGUCGAGUCAAAAGAGACCGACGCGGACACCAAGCCCGAGACGACCAAGAGCACCGACACGAGUGCCAAGACCCCAGUCUCGUCCGCCGCCGCGCCUGCCGACCAAGCGCCAAGUGCGCUUGAUGCCGACGACGACGAAGAAUAUGUCCAUAAUCCAUUCAACGACGAGGACUAG